ACGGCACGCAUCAGACAGGCAUCUGGACCGACAGACGGAGGGGUUGCCAUAGUGAUGUACAGUGCCGUUAAGCUCUGAUUACAUUUGCACGAGCGAGAACUGAGAACUCAGAGCCAUAAUUGAGGAAAUUGGGACGCAAACAACACACACGGGACAACAAACACAUGCUUCUGCUCGUAUCCUGAGCGAAAUAAGAGAGCUUCUCAUUUGAGCGCUGGUGGGAUCUGCUGAUCUGUAGCAGCCUGGGAUAUACGACUGAGUCCUGCUCCAUCACCCUUCACAGUAGAUCAUCAGGAAAUGCCCUGGGUGACCAGCUGACUCAGUGUUAACCUCCUGACUCCAGUCUGAGAAGGUCACCGUUGACACUAACGCGUUUAAACAGUGUGUGGAUGCUGCUGGGGUCAGAAGGCAGCAGCAGACACAAACACGGUCCAUGCUGUGGUCUCCCGGUGUCCUGCUGUCCCACCGUGCGAGUGCCAUGACAGGAUAACGGAGGCGUGGUCAGGGGUGGGAGCAGCUCUAGAGGUGUGGUCACUGGGAGAGUGGGCGGAGCUCCUGAAGGCACAGUCUGACAGCCGUAGAUGAUGACCAGCCUGUUCCGGCGUAGUGCCAGUAGCAACGGCAGUCACAGCUCCAGGGCUAGCAGCAAUGGAGGAUCCGAGCUCAAUAACAGCAAGUCUUCUCGACAGCAUGUCCGACGGCUGGAGUUCAACCAGGCCAUGGACGACUUCAAGACCAUGUUUCCGAGCAUGGACCAUGAGGUAAUUGAAUGUGUCCUGAGGGCCAACAACGGGGCUGUGGACUCCACCAUCGACCAGCUCCUGCAGAUGAGUUUGGACGGACACUCAGACGACAGCUCUGACUCAGAGGACAGCAUUCCCCCAGAGAUCUUGGAAAGGACUUUAGAGCCGGACAGCUCGGAUGAAGAGCCCCCACCUGUUUACUCUCCACCCUCCUACGAGAUGCACAUAUAUGACAGGAAGCACCCGGCUGACGUGCCACCGUUUCCGCCACCCAGGUUUGACGCCAAUCCUCCAACCGGGCAUCGUCAAGUCGGCAGCUACAGGAACUGGAACCCUCCGUUACUAGGCAACCUCCCUGAUGACUUCCUGAGGAUUCUGCCCCAGCAGCUCGACAGUCUGCAGCGUUCUCAGAGCAGCCUGUCCCAGCCUUCCUCGUCGUCAUCGUCCUCGCUGUCCUCUCUGACGCAGUACUCGGCCUCGGAGCAGGACAGGAAGCUGAAGCAGUACCUGGAGGACGAGCGCAUCGCUCUUUUUCUGCAGAACGAAGAGUUCAUGAGGGAGCUGCAGCGCAACCGUGACUUCCUCAUUGCUCUGGAGAGAGAUCGUCAGAGGUUUGAGUCUCUGAAACCCCAGCGCUCUCAUUCAUCCGCUUGCAUGGAGAGUUCCACUGAAGGUGAUCACAACGCGUCAGGCUCUGAGGAAGCCUGCACCUCCAUCUCAGAUGAUGCCUUGUUCCGUGACAAACUCAAGCACAUGGGCAAAUCUACAAGGAAGAAGCUUUUCGAAAUCGCCAAAUCUUUCUCUGAAAAAACUCGUCGGAGGAAGACCAAAAAGAGGGCUCUCCUCAAGCAUCAGUCACUCGCCACUGCAGCCUCCACUGCCAACCUUCUGGAGGAUGUAGAGGGACUUCCAGCAGACGAUGAAGGCAAGCUCAGGAGAUCCAGCGCUCAGGAAAAGGACGAGUCGAACAAGGAAGUGGCGUCAUGACUUUUUCUCAUGAUUGCUCCUGCUGUUCUCCUGAUGGUGGGACGAGCCUCACUUCGAUCCCCCCUUUGCCAUCUGGAGUCUGUGUGGGCCAUGGAGCCGCGUUCUCGCCAUGCGCCCUCAUCUGGAAGGCACUUAGGUUCACAUCAGCGAGCUGGAAACCUGGAAACGUUGAUCUACUUAGGACUUCACAUUGUCUUCACCCGAAUCAUGAAAUCAUCACGUGUUAUCAGACCUGUUAAUAUUAUCUUAUCUGUAUUUUUUUUUUUUUUUAGACUAGGGCUGACUUGCAGCUAAUUUCAGAUUGAAUAUCAUGCGCAGGUGGAGUUGGGGAUGUUCAGAGGGAGCUGACGUGCUGCUCGGUGACACUCAGGACUCCACACACAAGCACAAACUCCACCAUGUACAACACAGCCACCGUUUCAGCCGCGUUCUGUCUGACAAAAACUCAGGAGCGUGUCAGACCGGUGCGGCUUCGUGUAGAAAAUCUGUUGUUUUUAUCAUGUAUAUUAACUGCAGUAUCUCGUAGCUGUUUGUUUUAGCUCGAUCACCUCCUCUACACCUCCUUCAAUCAGAUCCCCAGUUCCAACUUACCAGUGAAGCAUAAAUAUUAGAAUAAAUGAUUGCACACGAUAAGGCUGAAUGUUUUCCAGUUGAAUCUGGCGGGAUGGGACCUGAGAGGCAUCACUGUGUCCCUCAUUGAAGUAAAGAUCGUUGUCUGUCAUUCAUCUUUCCAUUGCACUUACUGUGCAGGAUGCUGCCUCUUUGUACAGAUCACUGACUUUGAUCCAUAUCACUCUUUCUUACUUCAAUUCAAUUAAAUUAUAUUAAAUUAAAUCCAAUUAAAUGAUUCUUUGAAAAGCAAA